AUGAAUGUUAUUAUCCCAAUUGUUUACAGAUAUGAAAAAGAGUUGGCUGCGACUCAAUUGAGUAGCGUACGCAAAAGUGUGGCGUACGGUCUUUAUCUUGGUUGGGGCUAUUUCACAACAUAUAUAAUCUAUGCAAUUGGUUUUAUUUGUGGUCUAUUACUUAUACAUCAUGUAGGACGUCACAAAAUCUCUGUAAGUGAUGUCAUUGUGGCAUUUUCGGAAGCACGAGCUGCAGCAAUUGAAACGUUUCGCAUCAUUGAUGAGAAAUCCGAAGCAAAUAUCAAUGAAGAUGAGAUAUGGGACGCUAAGGAAUCAAAGCAAGAAGAUAUUGAUAUUAACGGCGAUAUUAAAUUUAAUGAGGUGAAUUUCACCUAUCCAGUUCGCCAAGAUGUACAAAUUUUAAAGAACCUAUCACUAGUAGCUCGUGCUGGUGAAACGACUGCUUUAGUAGGCUCAAGUGGUUCUGGAAAGAGUACAUGUAUAUCACUCUUACUUCGAUUUUAUGAAGCUUCGUCGGGUAGCAUCACGAUCAACGACCGAUCCAUCCGCGAUCACAAUCUCAAGAAACUUCGGCAACACAUCGGAAUCGUUAGUCAAGAGCCUAUUUUGUUUGCAACAAGUAUCUACGAGAAUAUUCGUUAUGGAAAUGAAAAUGCAACGAGAGCUGAAGUUGAAGAAUCAGCAAAGCAAGCUAAUGCGCACAAUUUUAUUAUGCAACUACCUAAUAAAUAUGAGACAUUAGUUGGAGAACGUGGUAUUCAGUUAAGUGGUGGUGAAAAACAGCGAAUAGCAUUGGCUCGUGCUCUUAUUAAGCACCCUUCUAUCUUGUUGUUAGAUGAAGCAACGAGUGCACUUGAUAAUGCCAGUGAAAAAAUUGUUCAAGAAGCACUCGAUCGGGCAAGUCAAGGUUGA